CUACUGUGCAUGACUGUGCCAUUAGCAACCAACGCUGUUUGACCGUGGGUUAAACGCGCAAUCACAUUUUCCUGUGUUAGUGAUUUUCAGCAUGCUCGUUGCGACUCUAACAUGUUACUAGAGAGCCUGUUACUGUGCUUUCGUAACUUCUGUGGCUUUAACUCGUCGGUGUAGUCAUUUCAUUUGUCCUGUGGUUAUGCCGAGUCUCCGAGAAUCUACCUGGUGCUCAUAACUUUUGUGUUUAUCCUAAAGUUCCGUAAAUACGGUAACAAAUAUGGGCAAACGUUACCAUUGUGACUACUGCGAUAAGACAUUCCCUGACAGUGCGAACAACCGCAAGAAACAUCUGCAGGGCACUUUUCACACGCGGAUGAAGAGACUUCACUACGACGCAUUUCGUGACGCUGAAACUGUCUUCAAGGUUGAGUCAGUCAAGAAGCCAUGCCGGAGGUUUCAGCAAGUGGGAGAAUGCGAUUAUGGCACCGCAUGCAAGUUUUCACACCUGAGUCCUGGCGAAUUAGCAGAGUUGGCAGCGCGUGCAGAGGCUGAAAAGCAUGCUGCUAAACUACGUCUUUCAAAGCCCCUUCCUGCAGAUGUAACUGUGAUAGAGUGGACUCAUACACACCUCAAAACUCAGGAGAAGCUUCCAGAGCCAUUUGCAUACCAAGAUAUGAUUGCCAAACAAUUUUCAUCUUUGAACAACAGUUUAAGCAGAUCUAUGCAAGCACCUACCCUUGAUGAUUUCUUGGCAUGUAGGCCAAACCAUUGGGGCUGAACAUGAUUUUUGUAGACUUUUGGUGAUGUUUUGGCUGCUUAAGUUCCCUGAACAUUACUAUGUUGUAAAGUUUAAGAAAGAGGCUAACUAUUUAGGGGAACUUCCAUGUACACUCUGUGUGUAGCAGUGGCAUCUGAAGAUUUGAACAUUUCUUUCUACUGAAUGUGUCUCCAAAGUUUGCACCUCUGCUUUGUACACAAACUGCCCCUGUCCACCAUGUUCUCAUUUGCUAAAGUUAACCACAUAUGUACAUUGAACAUUCAUUGAAAAUAAACAUUCCCUUGGUAACAAA